UGCCAUUGAUGCGAUAUUUAGAAUCCUGAAUACACAUAAACAAAAUGAUAACAUGAAGGCUAUAGAAAUAACAAAGUAACGAAUUAUGGCCAAUUUUGACAAAAGUUGCUGCGCGCCCCUACAUAAAACCAAUAAUUAUUUGCGGUACAGCGCUUGCCACCAGACCGAGGCUUGGAACGCAUCUGGUAACGCGAGAAAACAGAUGCCUGUUUGUUAGAACUGCUAUAGCUUGUCAGAGUAGGAAGCAAGAUGAUUCCGAUGAUGACUUUGAAGAGAGUCUGCCGGGUUUUGCUGUUUAUUACGCAGAUGUAUGUGCUCUCUGGCCGCGGUUUUCUGAGCUUUGAGUACUCCGAGCCAGUAGCUCAACCUCUAAAAGACCAUUUUCCAUCUUCUACAAUUGCAACAAGUACCAGAGCAACAGCCACAAAGAUUCCAGAUUAUAUGGAAAAAUGCCCUAGCAACGGGCAAUGCAGCAGACUGCCUUCAGAUUGUAUGACCUGCGCUACAAACUACUCCUGCAUUUAUGGAAAACCUGUCACAUUUAACUGUACUGCUAAAAAUGGGGUUGUCUGUUUUGAUGUAAACAGCCAACCCCAGGAAUAUUUUACCAUCAGUAUGACUUGUCAGUUUUGCUGGCAGCUUCCUCCUUCAGAUUAUGUGUGUAAUCUUUCCAGUAGCUGCAAGACGGUCUCCUGUCCCAGGCAACGCUACAAUACUACUUGCACAGUACUGGACCAUGCGCAUUGCUUAGGUAAUCGGACAUUUCCAAAGAUGCUUUAUUGCAAUUGGACAGGAGGAUACAAGUGGUCGACUGCUCUGGCUUUAAGUAUUACCCUCGGUGGCUUUGGGGCAGACCGUUUUUAUUUGGGACAGUGGCGAGAAGGACUUGGAAAACUCUUCAGUUUUGGCGGCCUAGGAAUCUGGACUCUUAUUGAUGUCUUCCUUAUCAGUGUUGGAUAUGUUGGCCCUGCUGAUGGUUCCCUUUAUAUAUAAGUUUGUAUUUUUUGCUAAUAAGCAUGAACAUUUGCCUUUCAGAACACUAACGGUUAUGGUACACUGGUGUUUUUGAUUGCCAAAAGAGCAAUUAAGGUUCCCAUCCCCAGCAGCAGCAGAUUUCCAUUCUCGUGACUGAGAAACAGCUAUUCUGUGGCUUGUACCAUUUCCACUCGGUACAGUGAGCAAUUCCCCCAUUAAUGGGUAUGCAUGGCAGCCAUUUUGUAUUUGCAAGAAUGGCACUUGGCUGCUGGCUGACUUGGGCAUUUUGUUUGCUACAGUUCUUUCUGUGGCAAUCCAAAACAUUGUUUUCCAUAAACAUCAUUUUUGUUCUGCUUGCGCAUUUUUAUUGUAUGGUAUCUGUACUGGAUCUACCUUUUCAUUAAGGUAAACUACAAUGUCUCUUUAAUAACUUACUUUAUAUCUUUAGAUUUUGCAUUAUUUCAGACCUUUUUUUUCUGUGAAAAAAGACACUAUACAAUUUCACUCAUUUAAUAAAUAGUUUAGUUCAUUUCUA